AUGAGCUCUGGCAAACGUCCAGAUCUCUCCUCCUCGUCCCACGACAUCGAAAUCGGCGGCCCCAGCGAGACAGACUCACUUCUUGGCAAAGGCCGAACAAAGAUGACGCGGUUCUUCCACGGCUUUGUCGAUUUUGCGUUUCAGGGGAAUAUUCUCCAGAUUGCAUUUGGUUUAAUCGUCGCCGCCGCCUUCACCGACCUCGUCAAAUCCUUCGUCAGCGCAAUCCUCAUGCCGCCCAUCGCCAUCAUCCUCCCCAUCAACAAGAACAUUGAAGAGAAAUUCGCCGUCCUGCGCGCGGGUCCCAACUACAAUUCCUCCUCGCCCAGCGGCGGCUACAACACGCUCAACCAGGCGCAGUCGGACGGCGCCGUCGUCAUGGCGUACGGAUCCUUUAUCUAUCAGAUGGUGUCGUUUGUCAUGGUUGGGUUUUCAUUUCUCGCCGGUGUGUUAAUUGCAGCAGCUGGCUCGACGGCAGAGAAGAUCUGCCGCAACCCGAAUUCCGAGAAUCUUCAGCGAGUGAUUCAUGAUAGCUGGAAAUCUAGCUAA